CUUCCCGGUGAGCGCCUAGGAGAAUGGAUCGCAGGUCCCGGGCUCAGCAGUGGCGCCGAGCUCGCCAUAAUUACAACGACCUGUGCCCGCCCAUAGGCCGCCGGGCUGCCACCGCGCUCCUCUGGCUCUCCUGCUCCAUUGCUCUGCUCCGCGCCCUAGCCACUUCCAACGCCCGUGCCCAGCAGCGUGCUGCCCAGCGUCGGAGCUUCCUUAACGCCCACCACCGCUCCGCCGCUGCCGCCGCCGCCGCUGCGCAGGUACUCCCCGAGUCCCCUGAAUCUGAGUCUGAUCACGAGCACGAGGAGCCAGAGCCUCAGCUGGCCCGCCAGCCUGAGUGUCCCGGGUUGGAAGACAUUGACUACGAGACCGAGUCGGAGACCGAGUCGGAGACAACCGAGUCCGAGACGACUGAGUCCGAGACUACCGAGUCCGAGACAACCGAGUCUGAGUCUGAUAUCGAGUCCGAGACCGAAUUCGAGAGCGAGUCUGAUACCGCCCCCGCAACUGAGCCUGAGACCGAACCCGAGGACGAGCGCGGCCCCCGAGGUGCCACCUUCAACCAGUCUCUCACCCAGCGUCUGCACGCUCUGAAGUUGCAGAGCGCCCACGCCUCCCCGAGUCGUGCGCAGCCCACCACUCAGGAGCUCGAGAGCGCAAGCGAGGGGGAGGAGCCCCAGCGCGAGCCCUUAGACCCCGAGGAGUCAGAGGAGGAGGACAGACAGCCCCGCCGCUGCAAGACCAGGAGGCCCGCCCGCCGCCGCCGCGACCAGUCCCCGGAAUCCCCUCCCAGAAAGGGGCCCAUCCCCAUCCGGCGUCACUAAUGGGUGACUCCGUCCAGAUUCUCCUGGUUUUCAUGGAUAAAGGUGCUGGAGAGUCUGGCAAGAGCACCAUUGUGAAGCAGAUGCGGAUCCUGCAUGUUAAUGGUUUUAACGGAGAGGGCGGCGAAGAGGACCCGCAGGCUGCAAGGAGCAACAGCGAUGGAAUAUAUUACCCCUACUAGAUGAUGGCCACAGUUCUCCAUCUUCUUCGCUAUGUCCUCUCCCAACUAUCCCAA